CUUUUUCCAGUCAGUUCAGCAGUGUCCCGAAAUUCACCCCCAGUGUAACUUCUGCUUCUGCUCCUCCUCUUCUUGGAACUGCCUUUUGUUUGUCUGGCAGCCUUGAUUCUAUGGGGGUGUGUGAUGAUGAUAAUCCGCGGGCUUAUAUAACCCUCUUCAUCUUGCAAGCACUUGGCAGACAGUCCCUAAUGAAGCUUCGGGCCGGUGUCGGGCCCAGCGGCUGUAGCGGCAAAUAGGAAACCCCAGGCGGAGGCCCGGAGGCCAGGAGGCCAGGAGGGAGGGCGCCGAGGGUCAGAGGCCAGGCCUUCCUGGCUCCUUCGCCGGGGAGGUCAGGGGAGAUAAGAAACAAUGACUCUCGCCUUCGGGAGGAGGGAGGUCCCGCUGCCACCUUAUCUCUGCGCCUCCGCGGGCUCCCAGCGCCCUGAGCUUGUCCUCUAGAGAAGACUCUGAAGGCGGCUCUUGUGCCAACGGCCACCCACCAUCAUCUGAAAAAGGUGAAUUUGGCAAAUGACAUGCAGGUUCUCCAAGACAGAGUAACUGCAGAAAAUCUUCAAAGGACCCCCUCUGCAGAUGUGCUGAACACCUCUGGGUAUAGAAAUUGAUUUUUCAACGAGGAUACGUAAUUCAAGACCUGCAGAAACCAGGAGGCUGAGACGUUUCGUGGGGUUUGCCCCAUUGGACCCAACACAAUGAAGUAUUCUUGCUGGGCUCUGGUUUGGGCCGUCCUGGGCACAGACCUGCUGGGGGGCCUCUGUUUGACGGUCAGGUCCCCGAGGUUCAGAGGACGCAUACCGCAGGAACGGAAGAACAUCCGACCCAACAUCAUCCUCGUGCUCACUGACGACCAAGAUGUGGAGCUGGGGUCCCUGCAAGUCAUGAACAAAACGAGGAGGAUCAUGGAGCACGGUGGGACCACUUUCACCAACGCCUUUGUGACCACACCCAUGUGCUGCCCUUCCCGGUCCUCCAUGCUCACAGGGAAGUACGUGCACAACCAUAACGUCUUCACCAACAAUGAGAAUUGCUCUUCCCCCUCAUGGCAGGCGAUGCACGAACCUCGGACUUUCGCUGUGUAUCUUAACAACACCGGCUACAGAACAGCCUUUUUUGGAAAAUACCUCAAUGAAUAUAAUGGCAGCUACAUCCCUCCUGGGUGGCGAGAAUGGCUUGGGUUAAUCAAGAAUUCUCGUUUCUAUAAUUACACUGUUUGUCGCAAUGGCAUCAAAGAAAAGCAUGGAUUUGAUUAUGCAAAGGACUACUUCACAGACUUAAUCACUAACGAGAGCAUUAAUUACUUCAAAAUGUCUAAGAGAAUGUAUCCCCAUAGGCCCAUAAUGAUGGUGAUCAGCCACGCGGCACCCCACGGCCCGGAGGACUCGGCCCCACAGUUCUCAAAACUGUACCCCAAUGCUUCCCAACACAUAACUCCUAGUUAUAACUAUGCACCAAACAUGGAUAAGCACUGGAUUAUGCAGUACACAGGACCCAUGCUGCCCAUCCACAUGGAAUUUACCAACGUUCUGCAUCGCAAAAGGCUUCAGACUUUGAUGUCAGUGGAUGAUUCUGUGGAACGGCUCUAUAACAUGCUGGUGGAAACGGGAGAGCUGGAGAACACUUACAUUAUUUACACCGCUGACCACGGUUACCAUAUUGGGCAGUUCGGACUGGUCAAGGGGAAAUCCAUGCCAUAUGACUUUGACAUCCGGGUGCCUUUCUUUAUUCGUGGUCCAAGUGUAGAACCAGGAUCCAUAGUCCCGCAGAUCGUUCUAAACAUUGACCUGGCCCCUACCAUUCUGGACAUCGCUGGGCUCGACCCGCCUCCCGAUGUGGACGGCAAGUCUGUCCUCAAACUUCUGGACCUGGAAAAGCCAGGUAACAGGUUUCGAACAAACAAGAGGGCCAAAAUUUGGCGUGACACAUUCCUCGUGGAAAGAGGGAAAUUUCUCCGUAAGAAGGAAGAAGCCAACAAGAAUAUCCAACAGUCAAAUCACUUGCCCAAAUAUGAGAGAGUCAAAGAACUGUGCCAGCAGGCCCGGUACCAGACAGCCUGUGAACAACCUGGGCAGAAGUGGCAAUGCAUCGAGGAUACAUCUGGCAAGCUUCGCAUUCACAAGUGUAAAGGAUCCAGUGACCUGCUCACCAUCCGGCAGAGCACACGGAACCUCUACACUCGCGGCUUCCACAAGGACAAAGAGUGCAAUUGUGGAGAGUCUGGUUAUCGUGCCAGCAGAAGCCAGAGGAAGAGCCAGCGGCAGUUCCUGAGAAACCAGGGGACUCCGAAGUACAAGCCCAGAUUUGUCCACACACGGCAGACACGCUCCUUGUCAGUCGAAUUUGAAGGCGAAAUAUACGACAUAAACCUGGAAGAAGAAGAAUUGCAAGUGUUGCGACCAAGAAACGUUGCCAAGCGUCAUGAUGAAGGUCACAAGGGGCCAGGAGGUCACCAAGCUGGCAACGGGGACAGCAUGCUAGCCGACGGCGGCAAUGCCGUGGGCCUGCCCACCACCGUCCGAGUGACCCACAAGUGCUUUAUUCUUCCAAAUGAUACAAUCCAUUGUGAGAGAGAACUGUACCAGUCAGCCAGAGCCUGGAAGGACCACAAGGCGUACAUUGACAAAGAGAUUGAAGCUUUGCAAGAUAAAAUUAAGAAUUUAAGAGAAGUGAGAGGGCACCUAAAAAGAAGGAAGCCUGAGGAGUGUGUCUGCAGUAAACAGAGCUAUUACAAUAAAGAGAAAGGUGUAAAAAAGCAAGAGAAAUUAAAGAGCCAUCUUCACCCAUUCAAGGAGGCCGCUCAAGAAGUAGACAGCAAACUGCAGCUUUUCAAGGAGAACCGUAGGAGGAAGAAGGAGAGGAAGGAGAAGAAACGCCAGAGGAAGGGGGAGGAGUGCAGCCUUCCUGGCCUCACCUGCUUCACCCACGACAACAACCACUGGCAGACCGCCCCCUUCUGGAACUUGGGGUCUUUCUGUGCGUGCACAAGUUCCAACAAUAACACCUAUUGGUGUUUGCGUACAGUUAAUGAGACACAUAAUUUUCUGUUCUGCGAGUUCGCCACUGGCUUUUUGGAGUUCUUUGAUAUGAAUACAGAUCCUUACCAGCUCACAAAUACAGUGCACACUGUAGAACGGGGCAUUUUGAAUCAGCUUCAUAUCCAGCUGAUGGAGCUCAGAACCUGUCAAGGUUAUAAGCAAUGCAACCCAAGACCUAAGGGCCUUGAACUGGGAAAUAAAGAUGGAGGAAGCUAUGACCUACACAGAGGACAGUUAUGGGAUGGAUGGGAAGGUUAAUCGGCGCAGUCUCACUGCAGACGUCACCUGGGGAGGCCUGGAGAAUUUCUACAGCGUGAAUGAAAGCGUCUAUGAAUACAGACAGAACUAUAGACUUAGUCUGGUUGACUGGACUAAUUACUUGAAGGAUGUAGAUAGAAUAUUUGCACUGCUGAACAGUCACCAUGAGCAAAAUCAAACAAAUAAGACUAAAUCUGCUCAAAGUGAUGGAUUCCUGGCUGCAUCUGCUGAGCUCUCUGUGCCGGUAGAGAUGGCCUCUGCUGAGUCCGAUGAAGACUCA